UGUAUGUGCAGAAGUUGGCUGGUGUCAGGGGCGACUGGUCUGGUUAAACACAGAGCAGGGGGGUUGGGAUUUUGAAUUUUGGGCCGAUAAAUUAACAUUUGAUAGCCAUGGCCACGGCAAUAAUGAGAGUGUUUUGGAAGAAUAAGGUGCCUCUCCAAAUCGGGCGCAUGUGUUACUCCUCGUCGGUGCCUACAACCAAGCUUUUUAUUGACGGAAAGUUCGUUGAAUCCAAGACUUCCGAAUGGCUGGAUAUUCACAAUCCCGCCACCAACGAGGUAAUCGCCAAAGUCCCCAAAGCCACCGAGGAGGAGAUGCUGGCUGCAGUGGACUCCUGCUCCCGGGCCUACACCUCCUGGUCAGAAACGUCCAUAUUGGCCAGGCAGCAGAUCUUCCUACGCUAUCAGCAGCUCAUUAAGGACAACAUUAAAGAACUGGCCAAGUCUAUCACGUUGGAGCAGGGCAAGACCUUGGCAGAUGCGGAGGGGGAUGUGUUUCGAGGAUUGCAGGUGGUGGAGCACACCUGCAGCAUCACCUCCCUCAUGCUGGGGGAGACCCUGCCCUCCAUCACACGGGACAUGGACACCUACACAUACCGGCUGCCUAUCGGCGUGUGCGCCGGCAUCGCGCCCUUCAACUUCCCGGCCAUGAUCCCGCUUUGGAUGUUCCCCGUGGCCAUGGUGUGCGGCAACACCUACCUGCUGAAGCCGUCGGAGCGAGUGCCCGGCUGCGCCAUGCUACUGGCCAAGCUGCUGCAGGACGCGGGCGCCCCCGACGGCACGCUCAACGUCAUCCACGGCCAGCACGCCGCUGUUAACUUCAUCUGUGACCAUCCUGCCAUUAAGGCCAUCAGCUUUGUGGGCUCCAAUCAGGCUGGGGAAUACAUCUAUGAGAGGGGCUCCAAGAAUGGCAAGAGAGUGCAGUCCAACAUGGGAGCAAAGAACCACGGUGUGGUGAUGCCUGACGCCAACAAGGAGAACACGCUGAACCAGCUGGUGGGCGCGGCGUUCGGGGCGGCGGGGCAGCGCUGCAUGGCCCUCUCCACCGCCAUCCUGGUGGGCGAGGCGCGCAGCUGGCUGCCCGAGCUGGUGGAGCGCGCCAAGGCGCUGCGCGUCAACGCAGGUGACCAGCCAGGGGCAGACGUGGGGCCGCUGAUCUCGCCCGAGGCAAAGCAGCGGGUGGACGGGCUGAUCCAGAGUGGCGUGGACGAGGGCGCCUCCCUGCUGUUGGAUGGCCGCAACGUCAAGGUCAAGGGUUACGAGAACGGCAACUUUGUGGGGCCCACCAUCCUCAGCAGUGUCACGCCCCAGAUGAAGUGCUACUCAGAGGAGAUCUUUGGACCUGUUCUGGUGGUGCUGGAGGCAGACAGCCUGGACGAGGCCAUCAGCAUUGUCAACAAGAACCCCUACGGCAAUGGCACAGCCAUCUUCACCACCAACGGCGCCACCGCACGCAAGUACACUCACGAGGUGGAUGUCGGCCAGAUCGGAGUGAACGUCCCCAUUCCGGUCCCUCUGCCCAUGUUCUCCUUCACGGGCUCCCGAGGAUCCUUCAGGGGUGACACCAACUUCUACGGCAAACAAGGAAUACAGUUCUACACUCAAAUCAAGACCGUGACCUCACAAUGGAAGGCGGAGGAUGCCACUCUGAAAACCCCAGCUGUCACCAUGCCAACCAUGGGACGCUAAAUUGCCCGCUGCUAGAAGAACAAUUCACCCAACUCUUCAAGAGGGAAAAAACAACUAAGAACUAUUCUCCUUGUAUGAAUUGACAUAUGCCACAAAAAUGACUUGACCCAUACCUACAACUGACAUGCCUUAAUGUUUAGGUCUAUAGUACAAUGGUGUGACUCUUUUACAGUAAUUUGGUGGAUCUUAAGGUUUAACGUCCUGCCAUUUGGCCCUGUUAGCUGAUAGAAUUGUUCCAACCCUCACAUACUGUGAAAAUGCACUAUGCAGGCUGAUACAGAGGAAUGUGGACAUGAUAGCUUACACAAAGCUUGGGCAGUGCAGGAUCCAAUCUGCGUAUGGUAAAGACCACUAAUGGCACAGUGGUAAUAGUCUUCAGUUGGAGCCCUCUACUGUACAUAUGUAGGAUAUGUGGCAUAUACUAGUGUUUCACCUCAUAUUGUCUUAGCAUUUCAAUUCACACUGCCUCUUCAGCAUUAACCUUUCAGUGCACAAAACCGGUUCAUGAUUAUGUGUGUAGCCAGGCAUUGCUAUGGUCAGGCGACUUUACUCUGUGAAGGAAUGUAUUUCACAUUAAAUUCAGAUAAUUUGUUUUAGGUCAUGGUUUGUUGGUCUGAUGACUAAUACCCUAUUCAGCAAGAUGAGCAUCUGCAGUAAAUUAAAUAAAGACCUUAUGUUCA